AUGAAUCUGGGCGACUAUUUUGGGCGUCUUCUUGGUCAAUGCCUGGGCCUUCAGGGAGGGCAGAAAUGGGCCGUGAUGCGCGCCCACUUCGAGCCCGAAUUCUCCCAUCUGGCAAGCGUGAACAUGGCAGAUAAAUUUGCGAUGGAGAUCGAGAGGUGGGCCCUUGAGCUGUCAAGGAACCGUGGCAUCCAUCAACAAGAGGCCACUCUGGAGUCAUUUCGUCGGAACCCCACUGAAGCUUGCCGGUAUCUGCCUUUCCGCUUGACGGGGUUGACAGUCUAUGGAGACGCGCUCGACACGGAGACGUACCAAGAUCUUGUGCAUUUGAAUGAUCUCCAUGAACAGGUGAUGCUUGACGCUUUCUUCGGCAGAUUCACCAUCUCGAAAACCUUCAAUAUGCUUCCCACACCGUCAAGACGUCGUCUGGACACAUUCAAAGCAAAAUGGAGAAAGCUGAACCUCGACAUAGUUGCGAAAGCAAGAACGAAGAAGCUUCACUGCCCGGCCGAGCGCAUUUACAGAGGUGUUGAAUCUGGAAAGAUGUCAAAUGUUGAGUUUCUAGAAACAAUGGACGAGCUGUUGUUCACAAACAUCGAUGUGACCUCGACAGUCAUUGCAUUUCUCCUCAUCAACAUCGCAGCCAAUCAAUCCUUCCAGUCAUCCCUGAGGGAGGAGAUUGCCGCAAAGCAAAGCCAACCGUCCUAUAAUCUGAGCGAUUACGUGUUGGAGAAGGACACCCUUCUUCAUUAUGCCGCAAUGGAAUCUGUUCGUAUGAGUCCAGCUCUAUGGUUUUCCCUGCCCGAAAAGACAGCAGCCGAAAAGAUCAUUGGAGGCUAUCGAAUCCCCGCCCAGACGCCCGCGGUUAUCGACUGGAAACGCCUCAACACCACCCCGGCCAUCUGGGGCUCCGACGGGGAAUGCUUUCGGCCCGAGCGGUUUGCAGACAUCUCGCCCAUGGCAUACCGAUACGGCCUGUUGCGCUUCGGGAUCGGCCGCGGGCGUUGUCUCGGGAAGAACAUUGCUGACAUGAUGCUCAAGAUGGUGACCGUAGCCAUCGUGCAGCGGUAUCUCAUGAAUCCUGCUGGUAAAGAGAAGAGCACCAGACAGGACCGGUUCACGGUGACAUCGGAGGAGGAGAUUGAGUUUACGCCGAUACCUACCUAA